AUGUCUGAUAACUCCAGCAGUGGAUCUUCACACUCCCUACGUUCUCAAGGCACUGUUGAUAUAACAUCAGUUGUUGCCACUGGUAGUGCAUCAAGGAAGCCUCCUGCGGUGUGGUCAAAGUUAGAGGAGACAACAUUUCUCGAGUAUCUCUUGAAGGCCCUUCCUUCAUCGGGUGAUGGAGGCUUCAAGAUGGCAACCUAUAAUCUGGCAUCUGCCCACCUCAAGGAACAACAUAAAAAUCAGAAAGGUGCAGAAAAGACUGGUUCAGUUUGCAGGACUAAAUACACAGCGUUGAAAAAAGCAUACUACGGUGUUAUUGAUGUCAAGAUUACAUCUGGUUUCACAUGGAGCGACGAGCAAGGAGCAGGCAUUACAAGUAAGAAGGAUGAUGUCUGGGCGCGGUUCGUCAAGACACAUCCUAACUCGAGGCCCUACAUGAACAAGGGCUUUGACCACUUUGAAAUUAUGGAGCAAUUAUUGCAAGGUGUAUCAAAGGGUCUGCAUAUCUUUCGACCCGCCACUCAGGCUGCCAGCAAUGCACCUCAGAAUUCUGCUGCAUCUACGUCAUCUUCCAUUCCCCCAGUGACGGGGCACGCACCUCCACCAUCCUCAGUGGAUCCUGAAUCACUUGGGCCACCCGUUCCAUCUACCUUUCUCUCUCCCUCUACCGAAGGUUCUACCACUGGUACCGACUCAGCAUGGACGAGCAUUAGCCGUGGAAAGCGCAAAUUCAGUGCACUCACUCCUUCAUCAGUCGCAGGCUCCCAGAAGCGAACUCGGCCACCAUCUGCAACAUUGUUAGUGCAGCGGGAGGGUACUGAAACCAUGAAGAACCUUGUUGAAGUAGUGCGUGAGAUGCAGAAGAAUUUGGUGUUAGCCCCACCGCCACCGCCACUGCCGCCAGUGCAGCUACAGCCCUCCACGCAUGUUGGGAGUGCUAUUUCCUUGCUCAACAAGUACACGGACCUAACCAGUAAAGAGCGCUUGGCUAUCGCCAACUUUUUGGCCGGAAAUGAAAACCAGGCCAUCACUUUCUACUCAUUGGAUGAGGCAACGAGGCUUGAGUGGUUGGAGGAGAAGCGGGUGCUUUGUGGUGGUGUGCCACGCCAGGCAUCGGCUGACUUACAGGACUGUAUGUUGGUGGGGUAG